AAUGGAGAGUUCCGUUCGAGAGCUGCUCAGGGCGCCUGGGAUCUCAGGCUUCAUUCAAAAACUCCACACUCCCUCUAGACCACAACAAGCAGAUGACGACGGGCGCUCUUCCAUGCGCGUGCGUGGCCGGCGGGGUAACCAUAGAGUGGCCCCGGCGGGUAGAGAGGCCAGAAGCCCGGGCGGCUCCGCGCCCAGCUUCCGGCAGCACCACACUGCUCCGGGAGCUGCCGCGUACCCAGUUUCCAUGGGGACUGGAUAUGGCGCCGCGAGAUAAAAGGUUGUCCUCAACCCCUCUCGAAAUCCUGUUAUUUCUGAAUGGGUGGUAUUAUGCUACCUAUUUCCUGUUGGAGCUCCUUAUUUUUCUGUACAAAGGUCUCUUGCUGCCAUACCCAACUGCCAACCUAGUCCUGGACGUGGUGAUGCUGCUCCUUUAUCUUGGCAUUGAAGUAAUACGCCUGUUUUUUGGUACAAAGGGAAACCUCUGCCAGCGAAAGAUGCCCCUUGGCAUUAGUGUGGCCUUGACCUUCCCAUCUGCAAUGAUGGCUUCCUAUUACCUGCUGCUGCAGACCUACGUGCUCCGCCUAGAAGCUAUUAUGAACAGCAUCUUGCUCUUCUUUUGUGGCUCAGAGCUGCUGCUUGAGAUGCUCACACUAGCCACUUUCUCCAGUAUGGACAGAAUCUGAAGUACAAGAAUUCCAGCUGGUACCCAUCAGAGUGAGAACAGUAUCCUUCUGGUACUUCAGCCACACUUGUGAAAAGUGGUACGUUAUGCUGGCCUGGGAAAGGUUGUGUGGUUUUUUUCUUCAGCACAGACACCUGGGCAUUGAGCACCUACCUGAGGUCAGUAGCACUGCCUUUAAACCAAGAUCAUCAGCAGGGGACUCCUACAUUUUGCUCUAAGGAAGGGCAAGGCUGUUCCCAUCUUGGUCCACCAGCUUCCUACUGACCUCAAAUUCUCUUCCUUGGUCAUCAUGGCCAGAGCUCCUUGUGUGGACCAUCUAGGCUUAUUGGGCUUCUAGCAGGACCUGAGCCACAGCAUCCUGGACAAUUCAAAUGUUUCGUCUAUGUGACCCACCCCCCACCCUGCUCUGUUCAAACAGAAGGUAAUCCAGAACUCUUUAGUAGUUCAUAGUAUUAUUUUUCUAUUCUGAUCAUGACGCAAACAAGAUUUUAUAAUAAAAAGUAUUUGACAUGG